CCGGAUUCAGUCCAUGAUGACUAACUGGUGAGCUUCCGAAGCAACCGUUCGUUCAUUCUUUGAAUUGGAUCGAAUUCUCCCGCGGUUCUUUCUCCCAGUACCCAUGGAGAAACAAUGCGCCCGGAGCACCCUUCAAGAAGCAGGUCAAGAUCGCCAUCUUCCUCCUUUGGAAAGACAUCCCACGACUACCCGUUGGCAGUCUUUGAUCCGAAUGAGAAUGACUCCGAAAGCAGCCAGUUCAUAACGGUUGGGCGGGAAAGUACCGACUCCGCCCGGCCCGAUCGGCGAGAGACCACAAAUGAGCCUUUAUUGCCAACUUCAACUCAUCAUCCCCGUCGCAUAGCGGCGGCGAGGCCAUUUACAUGUACGCUUUCUGGGAUUCGCGCGUGGAUUAAAGGCCCGCCACAUCCACACCGGUAUCAGAUCACUCCAUGGUUGCAGCGCUGGCAGACGGCACCGGGCCGCCUUGUGGAGCGUUAUUUUCCGAGCACUCGUGCCAAAGUUUGGCUUUUGUUGGCCUGCAUAUGCACCUGGGGUGUCAUAUUUCUCUCCAUCCUGCAUUCUUCUGUAGCUGGCCAGCAGGUAUCCGGAUACGGAGUGCCUGUCAAGCUAUCGUGUAACGCUAGACUAUGGCCAAACUCGACCGACUGCGGUCUGAAUGGUGACUCCUGUCGCCCUUUUGACAACGGGGCAUUUGCCUUUCGCUGUCCCGCAAGUUGCGCAGAUGCGAUGCUGCUAGAGCCGUAUUUUGUAGGCCCCGAGGAGUACAACUAUCGUCCUCUUGUUAUCGGGGGCACUGCAGAAGAUGAUAGUACUGAGGGUAUCUACCGCGGAGACUCAGCCAUCUGUCCUGCGGCACUACACGCUGGUCUAAUCGACAGCCAGAAAGGUGGUUGUGGCGUCCUGCGUCGAACGGGUGAAAGAACCAAUUUUCCAUCAGUGGCAAGUAACGGCAUCGAGAGCAUUGGAUACGCUUCGUACUUCCCACUCUCCUUCAGCUUUAGCGGAGAGCCAUCUGAAACAAGCUGCCAGGACCUCCGCUGGCCACUUUUCACCUUCUCAGUCGUUGUCACAACCCUGCUAUCCCUAUUCAUCACGUCUCCCGCGGCAUUCUAUGCCUCGAUCUACUUCAUCGUCUACUUUCAGGUCGCUCUCUCCUCCGACCCGCCUUACUCCCCAGACUACUAUGAAGUCGUAUCCACAGCCCUAGGCCGCUUCCUCCCCUGCGCCUUCGUCGGGUUUGCAAUUUACUACUUUUGCGUCCGCAAAACCCUAACAGACCUCACCGCACACUGGGACAAGACUGUUCUCUGGCUCGGCAGCUGCUGGGUCGGUGCCCUCAACACCGACACAUUCGAUAAAAUUCCCAUCUCACGCCUCACACCUCACGACAUCCAACAACAACCAGGCGCCAUCCCCGCCUUAAUCAUCAUCAUUGUCCUCCUCGUCGCCAUUGUUCUCACACAAGCCAUCGCUUUCCGCAGAGAAGGCCGCAUGCCCAAAAUGCUUCUCCUUUAUGGAAUCAUGGCCUGCGGCGUGAUCGCCCUCAUGCUCGUCCCGCACAUGAACCUUCGCAUUCAUCACUACGUCCUCAGCCUCCUCUUCUUACCGGGGACAACACUCCAAACGCGCCCCAGUCUCCUAUACCAAGGCCUCCUGGUAGGACUGUUCAUCAACGGCAUCGCCCGCUGGGGCUUCGAUAGCAUUCUGCAGACGUCUGCUGCAUUGCUUGACGGCGCGCAGCUGGGCAGCGUCCUGCCUGUCAUUGGGGCUCCUGUUAUGAUGUCACGUCAGAACAUCAUGUUCAAUUUCAAUGAUGUAGACAAAGAUGCAGAUGGGAUUAGCGUGCUCGUUAACGAUGUUGAACGGUUUCGGGCGUUCAAGUCUGAUGAUGGGAUGUUGGAGUCGUUUAACUGGACCCGCCAUUUGGAUGGUGAGCCGGAGUAUUUCCGGUUUGGGUAUAUCAAAGUUAAUGCGUUGGGAGGAAUUUGGUAUGAGGAUUUUACGAGGCCGGGGACUUGGGAAGCUGAGGGGGAGUGGAUUCCUCCUGACUCUGAUUCUCGGUCGUCUACGGAAUCUUUCUAGUUGAAUACUAUUUAGGUGGAUAUAUUGGUGGGAUAAGCAUAUAUGGAUUUGGUAUAGAGAUGAAUCCAGACAAUUGGACUAUAUAGAAAAGCAAAGAUAUCUUGGUAACCAUGAGAUGAAUUAGAGUAUAGUACAGUGUACAUCAUAUGGAAG